UUGCUAACGACCCCAAUCUCCCUCCAGAUAGCUAAAAUCAGUGGAUAAACCCUAGACCUCCAUAUCCAUUUCUCCUUCUUCUACUUAUCUGGUAUGCUCUUUCUAAGGUUAAUUUCCCCUAUUUUGUUCUUCCACAAUCUAAUCACUGAGCUCAGCUCUGUAUUGGGUUUUUCCUCCUCUCGUAAUUAGUCUUGAUUUUUGUGACUAAGCAGUAAGCAGUGAUUUUCUCUUGCAUGAACCCAAACUUCUGUGCCUGAUUUUGGAUUCUGAUAACCGACGGCAAUGGCUUCUCUCUUCAAGGAUCCGUCUAAACUUUCUGCAUAUCGGGAUAGAAAGUUUCCUGGAAAUCAAGAGGAAUUUGAACAUGCGCUUCAGACCUCGAUUACUGUUUACAUUGGGAACAUGUCCUUCUACACUACAGAAGAGCAAGUUUACGAACUUUUCUCCCGAGCUGGAGAAAUUAAGAAGAUAAUUAUGGGAUUAGAUAAGAACACGAAAACUCCUUGUGGUUUUUGCUUCGUCUUGUACUAUUCUAGAGAAGAUUGUGAGGAUGCAGUAAAGUAUAUUAGUGGCACAAUUCUUGAUGAUCGUCCUAUUCGUGUGGAUUUUGACUGGGGAUUUCAGGAAGGAAGGCAAUGGGGCCGUGGUCGAAGUGGUGGACAGGUUAGAGAUGAGUAUCGUACAGACUAUGAUCCUGGCAGAGGUGGUUAUGGGAAAUUGGUUCAGCGAGAGCUGGAACAAAGACAGCUUGUGGAUUAUGGUGCUGGUUCAUUGGGCGCUUUCCCUCCAGUCAUGACACCUCAUUAUGGCAGGCAUGGUGGAAGCCAUGGUCAUGGUGGUUAUCAUCGGCAUGGAAGAGCAGAUUAUCCCCGGAAGCGGCACCGAGAUGAUGACCGUCGUACACAUGAUUCCUCAAGGAGAAUCUCAGAUCAUGAAUCAAGGAGGAACUCUGAUCCUGACUCCCGACCGGAAAAGAAUCCGCGGUUUCGUGAGAGUGGCGACUCUGAUGACGACGAGGAAGAUGAUCAGAAGCGACGAUCUUAGCAUAUUCUUACUGCUGUAUUUUGAGAGAGCAAAAUAAUAUAAUAGCAUUUUGUAUUAAGUCUAACGAAGUGCAUUCUUUCCAGUUAAGGUACAAAUUUGUGUUCGUGCAAUGAACUGCCAUGCUCUUUUUAUUUAUUUAUUUUUUAAUAUUUGGGUUUCAGGUUAGCUUCUGCAGAUUUUAUAAUGAAGAUGUUCUAUGGGACUUCAUUGUUGUAUGCAUUUGGAACCAGUUAACAUUCAUUGUUCAUUUUUGCA